GUGGCAGUGAUGGAAACCCCGCCCCACAGCACCGUGCACCUGAGUGACUGGCAGAAAAGUUACUUUGCUGUUACCUCCGGCACCUGCACGCCAGGACAGAAGGCUGAUGAAUACCGUGCCAAAAUCCUGCAUAUUCAGUAUGCAUGGGCAAACUCGGAUAUCUCCCAGGUCUGUGCCACCAACCUGUUUAAAAAAUACGCAGAGAAAUACUCUGCAAUUAUUGACUCUGACAACAUAGAGACUGGCUUGAAUAACUAUGCUGAAAACAUUCUGACUUUGGCAAAGUGUCAGCAAAAUGACAGUGACAAGUGGCAAUCUGCCUUGACAACAGAUAAUGUUUUUGAGUUAAAGUGUGUGCAAGAGAGGAUGCAGGCAGGCAAAAAUUUCCAGAGCUCUCAGAUGGCCCUAACAGAUGCCUGUGUACUAGCUGAUAAAGGGGUCAGUGCCUCUGCUGCUCCAGGUCUUCCUAAACUUAAAGUCUUCAGCAGUACCGGAGAGACUGAGCUCUGUGCUGGCUCAGCGAAACGUGCAAGUCAGGUACCAGAUCUUGAGCAUCCCUCAUCUUCAAAGUCUCUUCAAAGCAGUGUGCCUCCUGUGACCAAAACUUCUGAUAUGCUUCCUGCCUCCUCAGCCUCCUCAAAUGAACAGCUUCAUAUGGGUUUCCAGGCAACUCCACUAUUUGGAAGUAAAGAAGUGACAAGUAGUUCUCUGAAAGUGUCAGGCAAUUGUUGGGAUGGACAAAAUUUGUCUCUUUCCAAUCAGUUGACUGUACCUGCAUGGUCUUCGAGUUCUGGAAAAAGAAAAGUGUUCUAUGGUCUGGCUGACGAAGGUAGCACGGUGGUUCCUAGCCUUGCUCCAUGCCAGGCUUCUGUUAGUACAGAAACCAGUGGUUUUUCAGGGCAUAGGAACAAAAAUGAAGAGAGCAGCGUUCCUGGUUUUAGAACUGCAAAAGAACAACUGUGGGUGGAUCAGCAAAAGAAAUCUCAAAAUCUGCCGCAGCGUGCACCAGUCUCAUCAUAUGGAGGUGUAAAAAAAUCACUGGGUGCAGGCAGAUCUCGGGGUCCAUUUGGCAAGUUUGUUCCUCCUGUUCCAAAACAAGAUGGAAAUGAAAAUGGAGGAGCACAGUGUAAACCUCAUGCAAAGGGACAAACGGAUCCAGCACUGCCUGUAGAUGAACGACUGAAAAACAUAGAACCAAAAAUGGUUGAGCUCAUUAUGCACGAGAUCAUGGACCAUGGGCCUCCUGUCAACUGGGAUGACAUUGCCGGAGUUGAAUUUGCUAAAGCUACUAUAAAAGAAAUUGUUGUUUGGCCUAUGCUGAGGCCAGAUAUCUUCACUGGGUUACGUGGUCCUCCUAAAGGAAUUCUUCUCUUUGGGCCCCCUGGGACUGGCAAGACUCUGAUAGGCAAGUGUAUUGCGUGCCAGUCUGGAGCGACUUUUUUUAGCAUCAGUGCCUCUUCUCUGACUUCCAAAUGGGUAGGCGAGGGGGAGAAGAUGGUCCGUGCACUGUUCGCUGUGGCACGAUGUCAACAGCCUGCAGUGAUUUUCAUUGAUGAAAUUGAUUCUCUGUUGUCUCAGCGUGGAGAUGGGGAGCAUGAGUCAUCGAGAAGAAUAAAAACUGAAUUUCUGGUCCAGUUGGAUGGGGCAACAACAUCCUCUGAAGAUCGUAUUCUAGUGGUUGGAGCAACAAAUCGACCCCAAGAAAUCGAUGAAGCUGCCCGAAGGAGACUAGUGAAGAGACUGUACAUUCCUCUUCCAGAAGCCUCAGCUAGGAAGCAGAUUGUUACUCGUCUCAUGUCAAAGGAGCACUGCUCUCUAAAUGAAGAGGAAAUCGAACUCAUAGUUAAGAAGUCAAAUGGAUUUUCAGGGGCAGACAUGACACAGCUCUGUCGAGAAGCUUCUCUGGGCCCUAUCCGCAGUCUUCAGUCCGCGGACAUUACAACCAUCAUGCCAGACCAAGUACGACCUAUUGCUUUUCUGGACUUUGAGAGUGCCUUCAGGACUGUGCGGCCCAGCGUCUCCUCGAAGGACCUAGAGCUCUAUGAAACCUGGAAUCAGACAUUUGGCUGCGGUAGAUAGUUGCACCCUAACUGUUUUGCAGAAACAUUUCUUUAGCAUUGUCGUGUAUUAAGCCCAUGAUAAUUUAGAGUGCCUGUGCUUCUUUUUGUUUUUCUGUCUUUGAAAU